UUGUCAGUCGAGGCAGUAGUGCUCGAAUAAACUGGCAGGCGGGUUGCUGUAUCAGUCAGGGAGUCAGUGAGCCGCGGUGCUGGAUAGAGACACGGUGUUUGUUGUAGUUUUCUUAUCUCGAACGGUCUUAAUAAGAAAAUACAUCACCGUGGAAACAGGCGGAAUUAUCCUUUCCACACAUUGCGUGAGUUGUAAGGGAUUAGACGCUGGCCAUAGAGAGCAUUAGCCUAUGAAACCUCUGCGCUCUCCAGAGCUGCUACAUGUGCAAAUGGGGUCUCGGGCUCCUGCUGAUUUUAUCCCACAUUCAUCCUUCCUGCCACGAAGUGACAUCCAGCUAAGGUUCUUGUGAUCUCCAAGGAGUGAGCGAAGCCUUCUGACUGCUUAGUAAAGCAAUAGUGGCUUCUGGUCUGCUCGAUCUCCCUGUUCACCUUUGUCAAGAUGGGCAACGGCUUAUCAGAGCCCCACACCAUCUUCCCGGGACUGCCAUCGUUCCAAGCCCUGCAUAUUGUCAUUCUUGGACUGGAUUGUGCUGGCAAGACAACUGUGUUGUACAGGCUACGCUUCAAUGAGUUUGUGAACACUGUCCCAACUAAAGGCUUCAACACAGAGAAGAUCAAAUUGGUGCUGGGCACAAAGGGCCGGACGGCAGCCUUCCACUUUUGGGAUGUAGGCGGUCAGGAGAAGCUGCGGCCGCUGUGGCGCUCGUAUACACGCUGUGCCGAUGGCCUCGUGUUUGUGGUGGACUCUGUAGACGCUGAGCGCAUGGAGGAGGCCAAAACGGAGCUGCACAAGAUCACAAGGUUGCAGGAGAACCAGGGCGUUCCUGUGCUUGUGCUGGCCAAUAAGCAGGACCUGCGUAGUGCUCUACCACUGGGUGAUCUGGAGAGGCUGUUGGCGCUCAAUGAACUCGGUUCCAACACACCCUGGCAUCUCCAGCCAGCUUGUGCCAUCAUUGGAGAGGGCCUACAGGAGGGUCUGGAGCGUCUGCACGGCAUGAUCAGCAAGCGGAGGAAGAUGAUGAGGCAGCAAAAGAAGAAAAGAUGAGUGAGAGGGCUUAGUCAGGUUCACUCAUCUUGUGAUUACAUGCCUCCUGUCACUGUGCACUGGUGGAUUCAUUGAUUUCACUGGUUGAGUUUUAUCAGCCUGAUUGAUGAAGCUGGAGGGAUACAGUUUGAAGAUAUACCACUGUACACUAUUGAUUUGUCACCCUAGUCAUGGAUGGGUGGGCUGGAGUUGUCCCAAUGACAUCACAGGACCUUUUACAUGAUUUCAGUGGACAUGUUGUUUAUUGAUUUAUUUUUUUUAUGAAGUUAAACACUGGAGAAUAUGUUAUCCAUUGAAGAUGGAUCUCUAGGCUGUUUGAUGUUCUUUGACCUCCAGUGUUAAAUAUUCUGUGGUCCACAUGUGAACUUAUGAAGUGAAAAGAUAAAUUACCAAAGCCCAUGUGGAGUGUUCUGAAUUAUCAAAUGUACACAUAGUGGUGAUAUUUCACUCCUGUUUAUGUGAUAAACACAAGCCUUUUUUAUUGGACCAUUGUUGCACAACAGAGGUGGGGUUGUACGGAGAACCAGGAUAAGCUUUAUGCGUCACUACUUGGGAAACACACAAAUAUUUGAGUAUAAAGUCAGAGAAGUGGGUGCUUCACCAGCCAACACACAUGCAGUCCUGCACUAUCAAGUGUUUUGUUUUAAAGUUCAGCAUUUGGUAGCAGGACGGCUCCCAGGGUUCCUAAAGUUUCUGUCUUUACGAUCGAAGUGGAAUGAUGGUGUUAUUUGUAUUUCAAUACACCAUGUGUGCUUCCCUCUAUAUUUAAAUGCACUUUAGCAAACCCCUUUUGUAGGCUAUGAACAUCAGAUUUUGUAUAAAACCUAUGACAUUGCUUCAAAUGAAGCGUUUUAUAAGUCCUAAGUUGUUCCAUGUUCAGGUGUGUCAUUUUGUCACUCAGUAUGUGUGUGAUGGAGGGCUUUGUAUGUGUCAAAAGUUAAUACGCCUUGAAUAAAACAACAGAUUCAAUCAAGAAA